UUUCGUUCGUUGUUGUUGUCGUUGGUUGGCUGGCGGCUAGAAAAAUAUAUGCGUCGGUAUUUCAAUAAUAAUGAAAACAAAAGUUAAAACAAAUAAAACCCAAAAAACAACCGCUAGGUUUGGGUUGAGAGGGAAAGAGAGGGAGCGAGAGAGAGUGAGAUGCUAUCGAACGGUGACUGCAAGAAAAUGACAUUUUACAGUUGCCCCUUCUACACUCACCUGUUUCUUGGGGAGUGUUGAUUACUUGGUUGCGUUGGUAACCAUUCAUCGAAAAGUCUAGAAAACUUAACUGUUAUUAUAACAAGAUCGUGUUAGAACCGUUAAAAUUACACUCAAAAUUAGCUUAUUAUUUCUUAUAUUUAUAAUUACAACAAGUAUGUAUAACCAUUUACAACUUGCCAAAAGAAAAGCAUUUGUUUUAAAUUUUCUGGUCAAGACAAGCGCAUUGGCUGUUGUAUAUAAAUUUUGACAAAAGAAAGACUUCGGUUUAAACCAAUUUUGGCAAGGCGGCGGCCAUAAGGUGAUGACCACUCGACGCGACGACAUGGCAGCAUGGAGUAUUAUUUCCGGCUCGCAGGUGCAUCUUCAUCGCUUAACCCUUCUGCUGAUCUUCGUGAUUCCGCUGGCCGCGGGAUUCGGCAACGAGUAUGUCCACAUCAAGGUGCACGUGCCCAAGGAUGAGUCGCCGGUGGAGGAGUUGCCGGCGCACAAGGUGAUCCACCACUACCACCACCAUCCGCAUCCGCACCAGUUGCUCCGGAAUCGCGGUCGACCUCGUCCGAAACCAAGUCCUCUUCUGGAGAGCGUAAUCCUCUCGGAUCUGGACAAGCCCCUGCAUAUGAGUGAGCAUGCGGAUUACCUGAAUCACGCCAAGGCGCUGGCCGAUCAUCUCGCGGAGACCUACGCCAAGAAGCCACCUCCUCCGCCACCGCCACCACAAAAGAAGGUCAAUACCUACACCAUCAUCGAGGAGAAGCAUCGUCCACUUAGUCACGACUACGAGGAGCACCAGGAUCACAGUGUGGAAACUUACAGGGUGAUUGAGUCGCGACCCAAGCACCAUCAUCACCAUCACCACCAUCCCGUGGAGGAGGAGGAGGACGAGGACGUCGGCUACCACUAUCCAUCGGGCGGAAAGCACCAUCACUACUCGCAGGGAAUCGGUGCCUAUGCCGAACCAGCUCCCGUGGAGGAGCACUUGGACCCGGAGCCGGAAUCGGGCUACAAUUACUCCCCGCCCAGUCACUCCUACAUCCCCUCCAGCCACAGUCAAGCGCACCGCAGUUCCAAGUCCAACAGAGCACCGGCUUACACGCUGGAAGCUCCGCAAGAGUCCUCCUAUGGAUACGAUUACUCCAGGCCCUCGAGCUCGGGAAGUAGCAGCGACUUUAGGCCCUCCGUUCAGGUGCCAUCCAGUGAUGCCUACGGCGAGGAGGAGGAGCCGGCGGACACCUAUGGAGCACCACUUCCUCCUCCUCCUCCCUCGUACACAAAGCGCCGUCGUCCAACAUCCGUGGUGGAUUGGCCCGAAACCAAGGGAUUCAACAGUGCCGCCGCGGAAACGUACAGCGGUGUGGAUAGCUACAAUGUGGGUCAUGUCCAGGGCUACGGGUCCGCAUCCAGUGGCUACCAGUACAGUGGACCCUAUCUGUAGGUGGACCAGCACCUCGCCUAAUCUAAGAUCUAUUUAUUGCCUUUUUUUUUUAAUAAUUUGUUAAGUCGAUAAAAUCAGCUUUUAAGAUGAAAUGAUAAAUAUUUUUAUUUAUUUAUUUAUUAAAAUUAGAACUAGUAUGCAAUACUAAACCUAAUGAA